AUGGAUUACACGUAUGGAACGAACCCACACCAGGUGGUUAGCAGCUGCCAAUGCCACUGGGCGUGCGCGGGCGAGAGGGCUGGACCCUCGCGAAAAUCGCGGGCCCAGAGAUCCCAACUUCAGAAAUUCGAUGACCUAACUUAUCUGGACGAGUUUAAAUAUGAUCCUCUGACGGGAUCCCAGAAGAGAAUUCGUCUGCUAAGGCUCCAGAGCGGAGUCCCAUACGGGCCUGAAAUCCGCGUCGAGCUUAUCGAGGCCGACUACGACAACACCUUCCAUAUUGCAACUAAAAUCAACAAGCAAGCACCGUCACCAUCUAGAAACACGGAAGGGGAAGAAAAUGAAGCAGGUGAGGCUGAGAGCGCAGACGCUGGACAACACGAUGAGGAAGACGAAGACUUCAAGAAGCGUGAGAAGGAGUUGAGAAGUGUCCUGGAUGUUGAGGAGAGAUACGAGGCCGUCUCGUGGUGCUGGGGAGACGUCAACGAGGAAUACGCUAGCAACGCCGAAGAGCGCAACCACCAGGUGCAGAUGAUGUCAAGAAUUUACACUCGGGCGUCGGAGGUAUGCAUCUGGCUUGGGGAAGACACGGACGAGAGCAAGCUAGCGAUCGACUUCAUCCAUUCAGAGAUAUCAGUGCUUAAGGAUUUCGACUCAAUAUGCUCCGAUAAACGAUACACGGAAAAGUGGCGAGCCCUCAUGAUGCUCAUGCAACGAGAUUGGUUUUCCCGCCGCUGGGUUGUCCAGGAAAUCGCUUUGGCAAGCAAAGCCAGAGUCUACUGCGGACCAGACUCCAUCUCCUGGAAGGAGUUCGCUGUCGCCGUUGAGCUUUUCGUCGAGGUUGAAACAGCCACUCACCGCCUGUCCGAGAUUAUGAAGAAGGACGAAGAAUUCGAGCACGUUCCUGGUUGGUUCGAGCACGUCUCAGAACUAGGCGCCAGUUUGCUGGUGCAAGCAACGGGGAAGGUCUUUCGAGCGCAAAGGACUCCACUCGACGACGACGACGCAUACGACCUUGACGAGAACGCCGCACGGGAGCGAAAUUUGCAGCAUCUUCGAAGUAACCUCAAGAGGAUUCAGACGAUCGACCCUCUCGAUAGAAGAAGCCUCCUUAGCCUGGAAUACCUGGUCUCCACAAUGUCUAUCUUCAAUACGACGGAGCCGCGCGAUACUGUUUACUCUCUCCUUGCCAUCUCGAGAGACGCGGCGCCAUUCGCCAAGACUUCAGUUACGGAUAAUGAUCGGUCGCUUCGUUUAAUGACUCUAUGCGGCGUUUUCCUAGAGGAGAAGCCUUUCCUUGUUGACUAUAAUCGCCCUUAUUCGGAUGUGUGUCGAGACUUUGUCGAAUUCGUAAUUCACCGAAAAGCCAGACUUGAUCCUGUCCAGGCCUUGGAUAUCCUCUGUCGGCCUUGGGCAUUGGAGCCUAAGGCUGGGGGUUCUAUCAACGACGGGGUCAAGAAAAAGCGUGAAGGAAUACGCUUGGAGAGACAAAAACCGGAGAAAGGGAAACAAAAGAAGAAGAUAAAAAUAGUCACUCCAUCGGAUGGCCUGCAACCCCCUGAACCCCUUGAGAGGACACCAACUAUUCAAGAGAUUAGGGCGAAGCAUGUCACGCCCGACACGGAACACUUGGCCAAAAUGAAGUCUAUUCCAUUGCCUUCAUGGGUGGCCCGGGCCUCUCAAGCUCCAUUCAGCCAUUAUCAUCAUCCAGGCAUGCAUAUUCUGAAGACUGGCCGGGCAAACGCGGAUCCGUUAGUGCGGCAACCUGCGGACGGCCACAGAACUUACAGCGCAGCUCAGACGGAGAAGCUGGAUUUGAAAGACAUCAAGUUUCGCAAACGACCUAUGCUAGGCCAUUACAGCCUGUAUGUAAAGGGCUUCGAACUGGACACGGUUAAGGAGGUUCGGGAUGCCUCCCAGGGCGGCAAUAUCCCAAGGUCAUGGCUUGACUUGGGAGGCUGGGAAGAGCCCUACAACAAAGAUCCACCCGACCAAUUUUGGAGAACACUCGUAGCCGACCGAGGCCGCGACAACAGAAAUCCACCCUAUUACUACGCUAGAGCGUGUAAGGAGCCGGUACACAAAGGCGGUAUCUCAAGCAGCCGAGUCAACACUGAUGCCCUGAUCAACAAUGAGCAGAACUCCAUCGUGGCUGAGUUCUGUCGGCGGUUACAAGCCGUCACUUGGAAUCGCCGUCUAUUCCGUACUAACGGCGGGAGACUUGGGCUUGCAAGUCGAGUGGAGCCCGGCGAUGUGGUCUGUAUCCUCUAUGGAUGCACAGUCCCUGUCGUCCUUAAGAAAGAGACCAAGACGGAAAUAGAAGUGCAACAAGAGAUGUUUGAGGAUUGCUUCGCUAACCUGAUCUCUUGUAUCCGAAGAUGUGAGACGAUUUUCGAACGCCAAGAACGAUAUGGGUGGAAGUCGAAAAGAUUCCAGGAGAAGCUUCGGAAGGAAUUAGAGAAGCAAUGCGAGAGGGAGGGGAUCUCGAAAACCGAAUGGGAAACAAAAAGGGAAGAGUACAAAAAGCAGUUAGACGAUGCCCGAGAAAAAGUCAACAGUUUCAUGAAGAAAGAGGCAAUGGAGAAGGAAAAGGACUGGGAGGACAAGAAGAAGAAAGAGUUAGAGGAAAAUCAGGAGGGAUUAAUAGAGAACAAGAAAGAGGAGGAAGAGUUGGAAGAAAGCAAGGAGGAAGAGAAGGGGAGAGGAUUGGAGGAAAAGAGAGAAGAUGUAUGGGAGAAAAAGAAAGAGGAAGAGGAUGAGGAGGAGGAGAGAGGAGAAGAGCUAGAAGAUGAGGAGAAGACAGAUUUUGAGGAAAGGGAGGAGGAAGAGGAGGGAAAAGAGCAGGGGAAAUACGAGGAGGAAAAGAAGGAGGAAAAGAAGAAGGAAAAGAGGGAAGGAGGGAUGGGAGAAGAGAAGGAAGAAAAGAGAGAAGAGAAGAGAGAAGAGAAGAGAGAAGAAAGUAAGGAGGUAGCUAUUGAGGAAGAUGAGGAGGGAGCUCCAGUGGAGAAGAAGGAGCAGUAUUACUAA